AUGGGCCGGGUCUACCCGCGCCGUGACGGAAACCCCCGUGCCGCUGCCCUCUGGCUUCUUCUUCUCCCUGCCGGAGUCGCCCGCCCCAUUAAAACGGUGGGAGAAGGAGAAGCUUCUCCUCCUCCUCCUCCCGCCCCGAAAUCCGCACCCAAAAUCCGAAUUCUAGCGGUAAAAAAUCGCCGCCGGGAACCAAAUUCCCCGAUUGUUCGCCUCGCACGCGCCUCUUUUGAAGGAUUUACACAUAAUGAUGGAAAGAAAGAGAGCAGAUCGGAUGCAGACAACUCAGAAGGAGAGAAGAAGACUAAAAUAGCCUCCUUCAAGAAAAAGGCAAUUAACGCAGGGAACAAAUUCAGACAUUCCCUAAGGAGGAGAAGCAAAAAGAAGAAUGAAAAUCAGAUUUCCAUCGAGGACAUAAGAGAUGUUCAAGAUCUACAGGCCGUUGAAGCAUUUCGACAAUGCUUGCAUGAUGAGGACUUGUUGCCACAACAACAUGAUGAUUACCACAUGAUGCUGAGGUUCCUGAAGGCACGGAAGUUUGAUGUUGAGAAGGCAAAGCUUAUGUGGUCUGAUAUGCUUACAUGGAGAAAGGAAUUUGGGACCGACAAUAUAGAGGAAUUUGAUUACGCUGAGUUAAACGAAGUUAUGAAGUAUUAUCCACAGUUUUACCAUGGGGUGGAUAAAGAUGGAAGACCUAUCUAUGUGGAGUUAAUAGGAAAAGUUGAUGCCAACAAGGUGCUGCAAGUAACAACUAUAGACCGAUAUGUGAAAUAUCAUGUCAAGGAGUUUGAGAAAUGUUUCCAGAUGAGAUUUCCAGCUUGCUCAAUAGCUGCAAAACGGCACCUGGACUCAUGCACAACUAUUCUGGAUGUGCAAGGCGUGGGACUGAAGAACUUCUCGAAAUGUGCAAGGGAACUAAUCACCCGACUGCAGAAGAUUGACAGUGACAACUACCCAGAGACAUUAUGCCGGAUGUACAUAAUUAAUGCUGGCCAAGGCUUCAAGAUGUUAUGGGGCACAAUAAAGUCUUUUCUUGAUCCGAAAACUGCUUCAAAGAUUCAUGUUCUUGGAACCAAGUACCAAAAUAAGCUACUUGAAAUAAUCGAUGAGAGUGAAUUGCCAGAAUUUUUUGGUGGCAAAUGCAAGUGUGAAGAACAUGGAGGUUGUCAGAGAUCAGAUAAAGGUCCUUGGAAGGAUCCCACCACAAUAAAGAGGGUCCUGAAUGGCGAGGCAAACUACGACAGACAAAUCGUGACCAUAUCAGGCACUGAUGGCAAGAUCAUCGGUUAUGCUAGGCCACAGCGCCCAAAUGGAAAGGGCAGUGAUGCAUCUGCUGAGUCUGGGUCUGAAGUGGAAGAUGUUACAUCUCCUACUGCACCAAAGACCCUCAUAACGAACCCUUCUUUGACCCCUGUACAUGAGGAGCCAGCUGACAAGGCUGUCCAACUGGGGCAUAUGUUCUUCCAACAGAUUUCAGCAAAUGGGCAAUGGAAGAAGAGACAACCAUGGAAGAUACCCCAUGGCUACUACUUAGUGCCACCUUUAAUACUGCAAUACAUGUUUCUAACAGGUAACCUCUUACUAUUUCAGUCAAAAUUUGCAGCACAUGCAUCCACGUCUGCUGCUCACCCCACUAUUGAAGACAGCAUCCCUGUUGUUGACAAGGUUGUGGACGACGGAUGGAGCAGCCCCAGAGCUAGUCCAGUGUCUUCUUCCUCUGGUUCAUUAUCCUUGAGAAAUCUGCCGACCACAUUCGAAGGAAUUCGGACCUUGGCUGUCGCAUGGCUGACAGUCUUCAUCGUGACCCUUUUCGCCAUGCUUCGAAGUAUCCCGAGCAGAAUGGCCAAAAGGCUCUCGAACCAAUCCAAUGAUCACGACCACUAUUACGUGGACUGCCCUCAAGAGCAAGAGUACAAGGAGGAGUUCCGACCUCCGUCUCCUGCCCCGGCCUACACAGAGAAGGAUAUCCUUUCAACUCUGGUAAGACGGCUAGGUGAGCUGGAGGAGAAGGUGCAGGCGCUUGAAAAAAAGCCAUCCGAGAUGCCAUUCGAGAAGGAAGAGCUGCUCAAUGCGUCCGCCCGCCGCGUGGACGCCUUGGAAGCCGACUUGAUUUCUACAAAGAAGGCCCUCUACGAGGCGCUGAUGCGUCAGGACGAGCUGCUCGCAUUCAUCGACAAGCAAGACAUGCUCAAGUUCCGCAAGAAGAAAUUCUGCUUUUGA